AAGAAACCUCUAAUGAGAUACAACUACUAUAUUCUCCUGAAGUUAAGAAACUUUUGAAAGAAUUUAAUGACACUUUUUCUACUACUUUGCCUAAUGGAUUAUCUCCAGAAAGAAGAUUGGAUCACGCAAUUGAUCUUAUCCCUGUUCAACUCUCUGACCUUUUGAAAAAAGGAUUUAUUCAACCUUCUGUAUCUCCUUUUG